GCACAACACGGGCCACCACAGCGCGCUCGAUAACUGCCCAACACGGAAAAAGUCGUAAAUACCGUGCUGUAAUUUUCACGGUUUACAUGCUGCGAGGCUGAAGGAUCCUGCUACAACACGUCAGCUUAUUGCCUUCUUAGGAGUAUUCUGCGAGGGAGGUAUGGCACGGGCAUGCCUGCGGAUGUGGGCUGAGGCUUACCUGUAUUUCCAACCACGGGGACGGAAAGCCUUGUCCUUGUCGUGAUGAUUUUGUAAUGAACUAUAUAGGGGAUUGAAUUGCCCCCUAAAAUGAUGGCUACUCAUUCGAUAUCAGAAGCAUCAUCACCGACCAACUGAAUAUCAACCCACCUCAUCAAGAUGUCUCAGCACCAAGUCAUCACCUUCAACGGAACGAUACUCGACGAUGCAGAGCAAUGCACGAUAGAGACAUGUUCCCUAGCUUAUGCCAACUUCGAAUACAUCCCUAACCUCGCCGGGAACAUUAUCUUCCUCGCCAUCUUCGGCGUUCUCAUCGUCCCCCAAAUAUUUUUCGGAGUCAAAUACAAAACAUGGGGUUAUAUGGCCGGAAUGCUCGGCGGUCUCUUGCUUGAGAUCGUCGGAUAUGUUGGGCGUGUCCAGAUGCACUACAAUCCCUUCACGUUCAAUCCGUUCCUCGAAUACCUCAUCUGUCUGACCAUUGGCCCCGCUUUCUUGACCGCCUCCAUCUACCUCUGCCUCGCCCGCAUCGUCGUCAUGUAUGGAGAAGGUGCCUCGCGAAUCAAGCCCAGAACCUAUACCCUCGUCUUCAUCAGCUGUGACUUUCUCUCUCUCGUCCUCCAAGGUGGCGGCGGUGGCCUCACUGCCACAGCCAACGACAUGAGCGGAAAACAGACGGGGAUUAACAUCAUGAUCGCGGGUCUCAUCUUCCAGGUCGUCUCCCUAACAUUCUUUAUGCUCCUCUGUACCGACUUCGCCUUCCGUCUGCGCCGAUACCCUAACAAGGUGAACUCCUCCACCAUUUCCGUCCGCAGCACCUUCAAAUGGAAGGCCUUCCUCAUCUGCCUUGCCAUCGCUACAGUGACCAUCUUUGUUCGCUCUAUCUUCCGCGCUGCAGAACUCUACCAAGGUUUUAAUGGCGCACUUGCAAACAACGAAGUCACAUUUAUGAUCCUCGAGGGCGCCAUGGUGAUCAUCGCUUGCAUCUGUCUGAGCGUGUUCCAUCCGGGUGUCGCCUUCGGCGGAAAGUGGGACCAGGGGAACUUCAAGUUCCGCGCUCUUAAGCAGCAGGGCCUCGAGCAGACGACUGUGCCGGCGUGGGAGAUGACAAGUGAUCAACGGAGUGCGGGGCGGGAGACAGCAUAUGAGAGUGAUACCAGCCUUAAGGACCGUCACAACCAAGUUUGAGUGGAGCGGACUUUUUUUGGCUGGAGUCAACGCAUGGGGGUGUGAGCUGGCUGGUGUUGCGAUAGACAUAUUUUAUUAUACCAAGCGGGCGUUUUGGGAUACGCAUGGGAUGAGCGACAUUUGCAAGUUUGCUAUUUGGAAAUGGGGUUGUAUAUGAGGAUUAGAAUAUAUAUCUCUGACAUUUACUCAC